UGUUCUUAUAGCUGCACAUGUUCACAGAAACAACGUUUCUAUUAUGUAGGACUGGAAACUCUUUAGUUCUUUGCAAUUGUUGUGAUGAUAGAUGUAAAGUCUGCCUUUAUUUUUUGCCUUACCUCCAGGACAAAACUCAGACUUUUUAAAGGUUGUUAAAACAAUGGAAGAUUACAAGCAAAAAAAAUCAUCACUGAAACAUGAGGUUUCAGCAGCUUUUUGCAAUAAAAACCCUAUUAAGGAAGAAAGUGUUACUGGGGCUGCACGAGGAUGCAGUAGUGAUGUUUCACAACAAAACAAAGCCCCUUACAGCACAGCAGUCCCAGAAGCUACACUAACCACAAAGCAACUGUUGCAGUAUUGGAACAAUAUGAAUAAGAAGGUGAAGCCAAUUCGACUGCUUUUUGAAAUACCAGAAACUAGAACUGUAGAAGAACAGGGCUCGAAAUAUGUGAUGUACAAAGUGGUGGUAAUAAAAUCCGGCACCUACGAUGGUAGCCAAGCUUAUGUUGAACGGCGAUACUCAGACUUUGAGAAGCUCCAUAAAAGUAUCUUGAGAAAUUUUAAAGAAGAGAUAGAAGGAAUUAUAUUCCCAAAGAAAAUUGUGGCUGGGAACUUCAUGCAAGAAAAAAUCAUUGAACGCAAAUUGGCACUCAUGGACUACUUAGGGCAGUUGUAUGCAAUCAAAGACAUCCGUGAAUCAGAUGAAUUUAUUGAAUUCUUUUUCCUACCAGAGGUGCAAGAAGGAUACAACUGUCUCAGAAGUGGACAGUACACCAGAGCUUUGAACUGCCUUCUGAAUGUUCUUAGCUUGCAGGAAAAACUGUAUAUGCGUUACUAUGAUCGGCUUGUUCUUACACUCAGUGCUAUCAGUGUGUGCUGCAGAGAUCUGGGUAAUAUAGAAGAUGCCUACCAAUUCUGUGAGAAAGGUGGACUUAUUUUGCCUAAUCACAGUCGCCACAGGUACCUUAUCCCUUUGCUGAAGGUUCAGCUAACUCUAGGUAAUGAGCUAGGUAAGGACAUGAGGCACCUCCAAAAAAAGCUGACAGAAUUAGAGGAACAACGCGGCUGUCAAAGCAACCUGCCUUCACUGAAAGAGCUUGUGGUGCAGGAAUACAUUCAAUAAGGCUUAUGUCCCCUGUUUCAGUAAGUCUCCUCCCAAACAGUCAACUAAACUGCCAAAUUGGUUAUUGCCACACUUUUCGUAAAAUAUUUUCCGUGCAUUUUAAAAAACACAUUGCACUUUAAUUUUAUCAAAAAGGAGUGAUUUUUCCAAUAAAAUUCCUGUUUUUUUAUUUGUCUCUCACCAAAGGGAGAGGGAGAGAGAGAAAACAAAAGGGUAAAAAAUUCAGUGAAAUCUGCAGAGCGCAAUAACCAUAAAAUCUGCAGGUUCCCCAUACAUGGCCUGACUUUUCAAUGUCACAAGUCACAAGGCACCAGGUUAUAGUCCACCAGGUUUAUUUGAAAUCACAAGGUUUCGAAGUGUUGCCCCUUUGUCAGGUGAAGUGAAGAAAAGCAUACAGGCACAGAAUUUAUAGGCAGAGGGAUCAAGGGCAGAGAGAUUAAAAGAUCAAACAAGUGGUAUGAGUGGAGUGUUGAUAGGCUGAAUAAUUAGUCUCUGUAGAUGAGCAAAAGUGCCAGAUGGACUACACCAUAUUCUUUGCAUUGACGAUAAACAUUUCACCCAGAUCAUCCCUAUGCCCCCACUUCUCACCUUCAAUCAACCGUCAAACUUUAAACGGACCACCGUUCGCAGCAAACUACCCAGCCUUCGGGACAAUGUUGACCAUAACACCACACAACCCCGCCACGGCAACCUCUGCAAGACAUGUCAGAUCAUCACACGUGGAAACACCACCCACCAUGUAUGUGACAGAUACUCCUGUGACUUGGCCAACGUUGUCUAUCUCAUACGUUGCAGGCAAGGAUGCCCAAAGGCAUAUAUUGACAAGACCAUGCAGACGCUAUGAGAACGGAUGAAUGGACACUGCGCAACAAUCGCCAGACAGGAAUGUUCCCUCCCAGUGGGAGACCACUUCAGUGGUCAAAGACAUUCAGCUUCCUGUCUUCGGGCAAGCACCCUCCAGGGUGCCCUUUGAGAUACACAACAAUGCAGAAGCUAAGUUCCGUACCCAUGAAGAUGGCCUCGACUGUGAUCGAGUUCGUGUUGUGCUAUAUGUAACCCCACUACACUGUUCUGUAUCUGUAAAAUCUUCUUUACUAAGCUGUUUUAACACCAUUACCUUGAUAACUUGUUAUGAUCUCUCUACCUUAAUUAGUUUCUACAGUUUGGAUUAUUUGUUACUUUGGUUAGACCCUCGGCAUAUGUUAUUCCAGCUGUUUGGUUUGUCUCCAGCACCACCUUAUUUUUAAACUUUUUGUAAUUAUCUCUUUGCCUCAAUUAAUGGGCCAUCCCCUUCACUUACUAUCCAGCCGGUGACACUUCAAUCACACCGUCUGACACUUUUGAUCACCUGCAGUGACUUAUUAUUCAGCCUAUCAACAUUCCACUCAUAUCAUUUGUAUGAUAUUUUGAUCUCUCUGCCUAUAAAUUCUGUGCCUGUAUACUUUUCUUCACUUCACCUGACAAAGGAGCAGUCUGAAAGCUUGUUACUUCAAAUAAACCUGUUGGACUAUAACUUCGUGUUACAUGACGACUGACCUUGUCCACCACAGUUCAACACUGGCACUUCCACAUCAUGACUUUUGAAUGAUCUAUAUUCCAGUUUCUGGUCUUCAUAAUUUAACAGAAGCAUAAAACUGAGCAGUGGACAAAUAGAUAUUACUGAUCCAUCUUUGGAUAUGUAAAUGAAGAAUGUUUGAUUUGUAUUGUUCGGUCUCCAAACUCCAAAGCCUCGCUUGCUCUCUAUCCUGUCAGAUUGAUCAGCACCUGUCUGAGGUGAGACUUCCAUCUGAAUGAGAGGUAAUAGAUACAUCUCGAGCCAAUUAAUAAUUUUAAAUUGCUUUUAGUGCUACUGUGGUUGGUGGGGAUGCAUUCCAUUGUAACUUUAGGUGGUGGGACAGGAAUCUCCUCCAUCCAGAAACUCCUGCCCAUGGCUACACAAUGAAUAAUGUUGGGAAAUGAACAUUUCAGGGUUCACAAUAUUUGAAAAGACAAGCAGAAUUGAAAGGGAGGAGGCUUAACCCUGAUAAUAAAGGAAGACCUAAGGACAUUCAUGGGAACAGAUCCUGGAUUAGGAAAUCAGUGCGGGUGUAGAUUAGGAAUUGUAAGCAUCAGGAAACGCUGGUGGGAGUAAUUUACUUGCCUGUUAAUAGUGGUUAUAUUAUUGAACAAAGCAUUGAACAAGAAACUAUUGGAGAUUACCACAGGUAAUGCUUUAAUUGUGGGGGACUUUAGUCUUCAUAUAGACUAGACCAGUUGAAUUGGUAAAGGCAGUCUAAAAGAUGAGUUUGUAAAAUGCUUUUAUAUAGUUUUCUGGAGCAAUAUGUUAUGGAACCGACCAAGGGUAAAGAUAUUUUAGGUCUAGAAUUCAAUGAGGCAGAGUUCAUUUGUAAUGUUAAAUGGUCUUCUUCCGGUCCUAUGUCUUAUGUUCUUAUUAUCUUAUGCUCUUGCAAUUCAGAAUUAAUACCACCAAAGAAGCAGAGAGCACCCUGAUCAUGCUCUGAUCAUAGUUAAAAAAAAUGGUCUUUUGCCCUCAACUAACCACAUUAAAUGUGCAAGAUCAUAAGUUGUUAACAGUUUUAUAUUUUAGUUGUAUGUUUUCAUUUUAUGACAAAAUAUGAAAUUUAAUUCAAUACAUGUACUGCAUUGACAAUGUGCUUUAAUAAAUGCUGAGUAUUGAUAGCGAUGUCAGUAGAGUAUAUGCUUGAGGCAAGUGACAUCCAUCAAUAGUGUUAGUUUGUCACUUUUUUUAUUCGCUGAUGCAAUGAGAGUGCCACUGGCCAAUCCUGGAGAACACGGUGGUGAGCUGUCAUUCUGAAGCAUUGCUGUCCUUGGGCUGUGAGGGCACAUGCAGUAUUGGUAGGAAGGUUUUUAGGAUUUUGAUCCAGUAAUAGUGAAGGAAUGGUGAUGUCAUUUCAAGUCAGAAUGCUAUUUGGAAGGCAACUUCUCUGCAAGCUGCUGAAGCCGGAAGCAGGAGGGAUAUGGCUUCUUGUUUAAAAAAAAAACUUUACAGAGGUAUCUUAGGAAUCUAGAAAAUUCAUCCUGACAUGAUUUGUUGUGAGGAGGUAAGGAUGAGAAAAAUCAUCAGAUCAGGUUCACUGCUGGCAGAGGAUUUGUAAAACUCUCUGAAAAUUGAGAGAAGAUCCUGGAGACAGUCUAGAAAUGGAACCCAUUGGAAAUUGAAGUGACUGUGCACUGCUUGCUAUGAUGACUGUUUGAUACGUUUAAAAACAGGAAUGUUCUUUUCUAUAGUUUAACUUCUAAAUCAUCUGUGGAAAGAAAAUGUAAUGUAGUCUAUAGUAUCCUUUAGUCAGCUUUUGCAAUAAAUGUUUUAAAAUGUAAAA